UUAAUUAAGUUGAAUAAAUCGACAGCAAAAACUGAACAUAGACUGAAGUGAAUUCUGUCUCUUUUAUUUUUCAUUUUGUGUCUCUAAAUUUUAAUGGAAACUUCAGUUGAGGUUGUGGUUUCCAUUUGUAUGGUUUUGAUGAGUUUGGUGGGAUGGAGAGUUUUCGACUGGCUCUGGCUCCGGCCUAAGAGGCUUCAAAACUUCCUCACACGCCAAGGCUUCGCCGGAAAUUCUUACCGGAUUUUCGUCGGAGACUUGAAGGAGUUGGCGGCCGCAUCCGGGCAGGCGAGGUCGAACCCCAUGCCAACAUUCUCCCAUGAUAUCGCUCCACGUGUAGUCCCCUCCGAAUACAAAACCAUUCAAAACUACGGUAAAAAUUCAUACAUGUGGCUUGGCCCAUAUCCAAGAGUGCACAUCAUGGACCCAACACACCUUAAAGCAACUUUUACCCAAAUUGAUGAAAUCCAAAAGCCAAAUUUUAACCCCAUUGUGAAGUUACUGUUGGAUGGAGUUUUAACUUACGAAGGACAAAAAUGGGCAAAGCACAAAAAGAUCAUUAGCCCUGCAUUUUAUUUGCUAAAGUUGAAGGAUAUGGUACCAAAAUUCAUUCACACUUGUAAUGAGAUGAUUAGUGAUUGGGAAAGAUUGAUUUCAAAAGAGGGAUGGUGUGAGAUAGAUGUUAUGCCUUACCUACACAAUCUAACAGCUGAUUCCAUUUCUCGAACGGCAUGUGGGAGUAGUUUCAAAGAAGGACAAAUAAUCUUCAAACUUUUAAAAGAAUUGACUGAUUUGGUAGUUGAAGCUGCCUCCCGCAUUUAUAUUCCUGGAUGGAGGUUUGUGCCAACGAAGUCAAACAGAAAAAUGAAAAAAAUAGAUAGAGAAAUAAACACUUUACUUAUGGGUAUCAUAAACAAAAGGCAAAAGGCUAUGGAGAAAGGCGAGCUGGGUGCACAAAGUGACUUAUUAGGCAUUCUCCUAGAAUCGAAUCUAAGGGAAAUCGAAGAACAUGGAAACAACAAACGUGAUGGAAUGAGCAUAGAAGAAGUUGUUAAAGAAUGCAGAAUUUUCUAUCUUGCUGGCCAGGAAACCACUGCGUCCUUACUGAUUUGGACGAUGCUCUGUUUGAGUUUACACAAGCAAUGGCAAGAUCGAGCAAGAGUAGAGGUCCUGCAAGUGUUUGGCAACAAAGAUCCAACUUUUGAUGGUUUAAGUUCCUUAAAAGUUGUAACUAUGAUUAUGAAUGAGGUUAUGAGGCUAUACCCACCAGCAAAUACUAUACAUCGUGUUGUUCAGAAAGAAACUAGACUUGGAAAUCUAACUAUACCAUCUGGAGUAAUAUUGUGUAUACCAGUUAUUUUAAUACAUCGUGAUCGAGAGAUAUGGGGCGAUGAUGCACAUGAAUUUAAACCAGAAAGAUUCAGUGAAGGAAUUUCUAACGCAUCAAAAGCUCAACCUGGUUUCCUCCCAUUUGCAUGGGGCCCUCGAAUAUGCAUGGGGCAGAACUUUGCAAUGAUGGAGGCAAAAAUAGUAUUUUCAAUAAUUCUACAACACUUCUCAUUUGAGCUUUCUUCAUCAUACACUCAUGCUCCCACGUCUAUUAUGACUACUCAGCCCCAACAUGGAGCUCAUAUCAUCCUACGCAAACUAUAGUUGGUUAUUGGUAAUGUUAGAUUAUAUUGUAUGCUUUUGAAUUUGUGAAACUUUCUUAAUGGCUUUCAAUAAAGAUUAGGUCUGUGUGGCUCCAUUGUUCCCUUAGGAAAAUUCAUUAUUUAGGUGCUUAUCAUGGUGACUAUCAAUAAAAAUUUGAUAACUUUUUAGUUUU